AUGUACAACGAUUUCACGAGCUACAAGUUCAACGUGCCUGUCCCCCCUGCCCCACCAGUCCCCCCUGCCCCACCUGUUCCCCCGGCCCCACCUGCCCCCCCGGCCCCACCUGUCCCCCCUGCCCCACCUGCCCCACCUCCCCCCCCGGCCCCUCCUGUCCUGUCCCCCCUCUCUGCCCCACCAUCAGUGUUCCAGCGCUGUGUGGCUCUUAAACCAUACGCGGCACGAGUCAACGACAUAUACAACGAGUUUACGAGCUACAAGUUCAAAGUGCCGGUCACAGGGGCGAUCAUCCUUGACCAUUCAAUGACCCGGCUUGAUGUGUUGGUGUUCCGCUGUUUCUGCCGCCACCUCCCCUCUCUCCACCCCUUCCCUGCCGUGCUGCUACAGUGCAUACUCGUUAAAGGGUGGCGAACCUCUGCGAGUUGGGGCUUUCCCAAGGGCAAGAAGGGGCUAAAGGAAACGGAUGCCGAGGCAGCGGUCAGGGAGGUGGGUGGCUGGUCUAAGGGCAAGAAGGGGAUCAAACAGACGGACGCAGAGGCAGCGGUUAGGGAGGUGGGUAGUUGGUGGGGGGUGGUGGGUGGUUGGGGAGAGGUGGGUGGUUGGGGAGAGGUGGGUGGUUGGGGAGAGGUGGGUGGUUGGGAGAAGGUGAGUGGUUGGGAGAAGGUGAGUGGUUGGGAGAAGGUGAGUGGUUGGGAGAAGGUGAGUGGUUGGGAGAAGGUGAGUGGUUGGGAGAAGGUGAGUGGUUGGGAGAAGGUGUUGGAGGAGACAGGCUUUGACAUUUCUUCUUUGGUGUUGGAGGAGACAGGCUUUGACAUCUCGACUUUAGUGAACCCAUCAGAGUAUCUGGAGGUGGUGGCAGGGCAGCAGCAGCAGCGCUCACGGCUGUUUGUGGUUGCGGGGGUGGACUCGCGCACUGCAGUGUUCCAGCCGCAAACCGUGAAAGAGAUCAGCGAGAUCGCGUGGCAUCUCAUAUGUGACCUGGCCACAGCGCAGUGCGAUGGGGCUUUGCCGGUCUCUCGCACAGUCAGCGGAGCCAAGCUCUUCAUGGUGCAGCCGUUUGUGAGGCCGCUGCUCGAGUGGAUAGACCGCCACCACACACCCGACACCCGGCAACUCGCAGUGCACAUGAUGCCGCAGAACGUUCCAGGAAGCAUCAUCUCUGUCUGGAAGACCAGCAGCGUUCUACCCGCCUCCCCACAAACAUCCCACUCCUUCGCUCCCACUGCUGCUGCCGUUGCUCCUCCUUCUGCUACUACUGCUGCUGCUGCUGCUGCUGCUGCGUCUGCUGCUCCCCCUGGUGCUGCUGGUCUCACUGCUGCUCCUCCCUCUCAUCAUCCUACCAUCCCAGCCACCACGACAUCAGUCCCACACAUUCCCACCGCAUCCCCUUCCUCUCUCCGCCAUCCAGUCUCCUCGCGCCACGUGGCGGCGGCCAGGAAGCAGCUCUUUCCCGCCGAUUCUCCCCCGCAGUCCACGUCAGCAUCGUCUGGGCUCCUGCCAGCUUUAUUGCUCGGCGGCGGCUCCUCUGCUUCCUCCUUGCUCAGAAUGGAUUAA